CAUGAGUGGAGCAAACGAAUUUGACAUGAAAAGAAAAUUGCAAUACCAUUAAACUAUUUUGCAAUAAUUUCGUAUAACAUUUAAACAUUUAUAAAUUAAAGUGAAAGUAAAAAUCAAGUUCAUUAACAAGGACAGUGUCAUCUGCCAGCUUUACAUUUAUGAAUUCUAGUUAUUUAUAUUAUAAUUUGUUAUCGGUCAUUUGCGUAAGAGUAAAAGAAAGUUGGUUAAAUAGUACCGUUGUAGGUCAAUGGUAUGACUCGUACACUUCGUUAACGUGUAGUUCUGACGUCGACAGCAGACGAGCAGCGGGCGAGACGGUGGGUUCACCAGUCUGUACAGAUCGGCACAAAGUGCAGACGUCGGUGCGUAAAGUGCUCCUGAAUUUAACGUAUAUCUAUAAACGUGAAAUAUAAUCCCUUUGAAAUUAUGUCGACGAAAGUCCAAAACGUAGGCAUUCUUGCCAUGGAACUUUACUUUCCUUCACAAUACGUGGAUCAAGUGGAUUUAGAAAAAUUUGACGAAGUCGGCACGGGCAAAUAUACAAUUGGUCUCGGGCAGAGUAAAAUGGGCUUCUGUUCUGACAGAGAAGAUAUAAAUUCCAUCUGCAUGACUGCUCUACAUAGACUUAUUGAGAAGAACAACAUUAAUUUGCAUGAUAUUGGAAGACUUGAGGUUGGUACUGAGACAAUUAUUGAUAAAAGCAAAAGUGUGAAGACGUUUUUGAUGACAUUGUUUGCCAAGGAAGGAGCCACAGAUAUAGAAGGUAUUGACUCCACAAAUGCUUGUUAUGGAGGUACUGCAGCACUUUUUAAUUCAAUUAAUUGGGUUGAGUCCUCUUCCUGGGAUGGUAGAAAAGCUAUUGUUGUGGCUGGGGAUAUAGCAGUGUAUGGUAAAGGGCCAGCAAGACCGACAGGUGGUGCUGGAGCAGUGGCAAUGUUGAUUGGUCCCGAUGCCCCCUUAGUUUUUGACUGUGGUGUCCGUGCAUCAUAUAUGACACAUGCUUAUGACUUCUAUAAGCCCGAUUUAGCUUCUGAAUUUCCCUAUGUUGAUGGAAAAUUGUCUAUCAAGUGUUAUUUAAGUGCUCUAGACAAUUGUUAUAAUCUGUUCUGUAAGAAAAUGAGGAAGGAUAACCCUGAUUUCAAAGGUUUAUUAAGUUUGGAUGGUAUGUUAUUCCACUCUCCUUAUUGUAAAUUGGUACAAAAGUCUCUGGGUAGAGUGUGUUUUAAUGAUUUCCUUAAUGCAUCACCCGCGGAUCGUGAAAAGCAAUUUCCUGGACUAUCUCAGUUUAACAAUCACAAAAGAGAAGAAACAUAUUUUGAUAGAGAUGUAGAAAAGGCAUUCAUGAUUUACAGUGAAAAAUUAUUCAAUGAGAAAACAAAACCUUCAUUGCAUGUUGCUAAGAAUGUGGGAAAUAUGUACACUCCAUCUUUGUAUGGUGGCCUGGUGUCAUAUUUGGUUAGCAAAUCACCAGAUCAAUUGAUUGGUAAGAAGUUUGCUCUAUUUUCAUAUGGCUCUGGUCUUGCAUCUACUAUGUAUUCUAUAAGCAUAUGCAAAGAUAUGAGUGCCGGGUCAAAGUUGGAGCGCUUAAUAAAUUCUUUGAACAACACAAUUGCAAUGUUGGACAAGAGACAAUGUGUUGACCCACAAGUGUUCUCUGACCUUAUGGAUGUGAGAACAAAGAAUUAUCACACUGCUCCUUAUGAGCCCUCUGGGUCAAUAGAUGUCUUGUUCCCAGGCACAUACUACCUGGUCCGGAUAGAUGAACAAAGGAGACGUACAUAUGAAAGAAAGCUUUAAAGAUUUACUAGAUAUUUUACUAUAGCAUUUGGUGUAGGAAUUAAUUUCAAUUAUUAUAACUUUGAAGCAUUACCAAAUAAUGUUACAAUAGUGAGCUUAGUAAUUCCAUAUUUGUUUGUUUUGUUUAGUUUAUGUGUUUAAUGAUUUCAUUAAAUUCUUUGUGAACACUACCUUAAGGUAACUAUAUUAUGUAGGUAGGAAUCUUAUUGUUUGGAUUUGGAAGUGUUGUGGAAUGUGAAAUAUUGUGCAAUAAAGCAUGGUUGUGGAGAAUGGUUUAUGGAUAUUCUCUCAAUCUCAAUUUAAUGUAAUUAAUUAAAUAAUUUAGUAUUUAUUAAUGUUUGUACAUGGCAGGGUUAUGGACUCGGGGAGUCUAAAUAUACAACAAUAUAUAUAUAACAUGCAAAUAUAUAUAUCAAGUACAUAUUAUGAAUAUUGUAUGUAUAAGUAACAUAUUCCCUUCCAAAAUUUAGUUAUCAGCAAAUGAUCAUCACAAAUAUCAAUUUAGUCACAAGAAGCCUUAGAAAUAAGAUAUACCAUCAUUCAAAUGUACUAGCGCUGUAAUAUUACAAAAUAUAUUUAAAUUUUC